AUGGAUCCGGUUUUAGUCUCGGGCAGAAGGAUCCGCCGCCGUGCUGUGGCCGGUGGCAGUUCGCGCGCGAGUUUGGCCCGAGCUGGUCGGGCUGGGUUGACGAUGGCGCGAGAGGAGAACAUUGGCUUAAGGGUGCGCCUGGACGCCCUCGUGCAGAGCGCGGCGAAGAAGCGGGUGCUGAAAGUGCGCAACCGCAAGGACUCCUGCUGGUGGGUGGCGAUAAGCCGGUCGUGGCGCUGCCGUAUAUGCGAUAAGCCUGUCGUAAUUGCUCUAAUUAAGGUGGUGGUGCACGCUCGCGGUGGACGGUCAGAUCAGUGGGCGGUAUACCCUUCG